AUGGCGUCUACAGCGGACCAAGCCCCCACGGCACCGCAAACCACUCCACAACAGCCCGCCGCAGGGUCGCGACCGCAGAGCAGCAGCGAAGGCCUGUCGUCCAGCCCCGUCGAGAUGCGGACUCUUCAGGCGUCGGGCGCCGUCCCAGCUCCCGCCAGCACGAGCACGCACGUCGCAGAGACCCCCGUUCCAGUCGCGAUAGCAGCUUCUACACCACACGUGACCGAGAUCAGCGCCUCGGAGGACGCGCCUGUCGCUGCUGCCCCGUCUGCGAAACCCGCACCGCCUGCUGCGUUAAAUCGCGCAGAGACCGAGGCGAUUGGGCCGUCGACCGACACUCCAGCCGCGAACCCAGACAACACCAAUGGCCCCGUGCUGGUCAUAAUGCUGCUCCUCACCAGCGGCUCGAGACACCCCUACAAGAUUGAGGAGAAGUACCUCAAGAAGCGCAACGUCAAUGUCGAGAACAUGGACCCCUACAACAUCAGCGUAUACACGCUCAAGGAGCUGAUAUGGCGGGACUGGCGAGAAGAAUGGGAGACCCGGCCCACAUCGCCAGGCUCAAUACGACUGAUACACUUUGGUCGCAUGCUCGACGACAAAUCCCCACUCAAGGACUGCCGGUUCCAGACAGACUCGCCUAACGUGGUGCACAUGACAGUCAAGCCACAGGAAAUGGUGGACGACGAGGAAAACGCCAAGACUGGCAAAACUGGCAGCCGAAGAGACAACGACGAGGAACCUACAGCUGGCUGUCGCUGCAUCAUUUUAUAG